CUGUUCCGUCUCUUUGCUCAAUUCACGUCUCUCUCUAUUUCUCUCAUCCAAAGCUCAAUCUCUCACUCUUCUCACAAUCCCAAUCUAUACAUACACUUUCGCACGUAUAUAUAUGUAUACAUGUGUGUCUGUUCACUUCUGAUGAUCGGUUUGGGGACGUAGAUUGGUUUACGAUCGGUAAAUGUUUAGUUUUCUGCUGAGUUUCUGCGAUCGAAGUUCAAUGGUCUGAGAUUGAGUGGAAAUUUGGAGGAGAAAAAGGUUUCAGAUUGGUUUUCAUACAGAUAUAAUCUUAGAAUCUGUAUUCGUGUGUGUGUGUAUAUAUAUAUAUAUAUAGAGAGAGAGAGAGAGAGAGAGAGAGAGAGAUUAGAGAGAGAGAGUAUGGCGUCGACUGUGCCGGCGAAGUCACAGCCGCUGCAUAACUUUGGGUUACCGCACUUGUGGAAGAAGAAUCACCACUCCAACAACCACAAUCGCGGCCGGUGCGGGAAGCUCUCGUCGUCCGGGGACGGGGAAUCGGGUUCUUCGCCGUCACGGUAUGGUUUGCAGAGGGAGGAUUCGGGUUCGGAAUCGGGUAAGAACAGGAAGGCGGCGAGGAGCCCGCAGAAUUCGGCGCCGGAGAGCGGAAAGAACGGAGCUUUAUCAACGGAUCAGGCAAUCGGGAAGUCGGAGAAGAAACGGAAGGUUUCGGAGGUGGAUAGAGAAAACAGAUCGAAGAUUCUGCUGAAACUCCCGAGGAAAAUUAGGGCGGAAGAAGCUCCGCAAGAGAAGAAGGCGGCGGCUGAGCUUCAAGAUGCGGCGUUAGUAGAGGAGGAAGCAGGGGGAGAGCCGGUAUCGAAGACGUGGAAUUUGCGGCCUAGAAAGCCGGCACAUCGGAGUAUGAACGUGGAUCAGUUCAGAGGCGGAGGUGGGGCUACGCAGGAAAAUAUAACUCAAUCUUGUCACCGGAAUGUGAUCAGGCCGGAAGCCGAACCUAAUAGCUCUCAAAGAAAGAAGAGACUGAGAUUCUCCAUUUCGCUCUCGCGAGAUGAGAUUGAGGAAGAUAUAUUCUCCAUGACCGGAUCAAAGCCUGCAAGAAGGCCUAAAAAGAGAUCAAAGAGUGUUCAGAAACAGCUUGAUAGUGUUUUUCCAGGUUUAUGGUUGGCAUCAAUAACUCCUGAUUCCUAUAAAGUCACUGAAACUCAGCAGAAGGUUUAGGCAAGAUCAUCUUGGUAAGGUCGCCCUUCAAGUGGUUUUUGAAAGUUUGAGGAGGAUGACUUUUUCUAAUUUUGCCAUCUCAUUAUAGCAUCAGCUGCAACCUGUAAAGGUAGAAGAAGGGGGAAUAAGCUUUUCUUUUUUUUGGGUUUUCUGUUUGAUAGCUUUUCUGUGAGCCUGCACAGAAAUGUGACCUUAUUAGUUCUUGUUCUGCUUACUUUAUUCAUAGCUCCAGAUGUACAUGAAGCUUUUCAAUCAUUUUAAUGCAUUCUUCUAUUUCCUAUGA